CUCCAUAUUUAACUUUGAGUAAUAAGAAUAGCAAGGGGGCGAGGGGCGAGCGGCGAGUUCUGAGUCGAAGCACCGCAUAUCGGGAUAUCACUGCUCUACGUCGCCGCCGCCGUCGGGAAUAAUGAAAUUUCAAAUCGAAGAUGUUACAGUAUACUUCCCCUACGACAACAUCUACCCGGAGCAAUACUCCUACAUGGUUGAACUCAAGCGCGCUCUCGAUGCCAAAGGUCACUGCCUACUGGAGAUGCCCACCGGCACCGGGAAGACAAUCGCCCUUCUCUCACUAAUCACAAGCUACGUCUUGUCCAAGCCCUCGAAUCCGGUUAAAUUGCUUUAUUGCACCCGUACCGUACACGAGAUGGAGAAAACCCUAGCGGAAUUGAGGUUCUUGCACAAUUAUCAGGUCAAGCAUUUGGGGCCGUCGGCGAGGAUUCUUGCUCUGGGGCUUUCAUCCAGGAAGAACUUGUGCGUGAAUCCAAGUGUUGUGUCCGCCGAGAAUCGGGAUUCUGUCGACGCCUCGUGCCGGAAGCUUACUGCGAGUUGGGUCAGAGCAAUGGCGGUUGAGAACCCUAAUAUUCCUACGUGUGAGUUCUUUGAGAAUUAUGAGAAGGCUGCCUCAGAUGCUGUCCUGCCUCCCGGAGUUUACACAUUGCAGGAUCUUAGGACGUUUGGGAAGGAAAAAGGGUGGUGCCCUUACUUCUUAGCUCGCCAUAUGGUGCAAUUUGCAAAUGUUGUGGUAUAUAGCUAUCAGUACCUCCUCGACCCAAAAGUUGCUGGAAUCAUAUCAAAAGAGAUGCAGAGAGAGUGCGUUGUGGUGUUUGAUGAGGCCCACAAUAUUGACAAUGUGUGCAUUGAAGCACUCAGUGUUAGUGUAAGAAGGCAGACACUUGAAGGAGCAACAAGAAAUCUGAGUAGGAUGUCCCAGGAGAUUGAGAGGUUAAAGGCCACCGAUGCUGGUCGUUUACGCGCAGAAUACAACCGGCUGGUUGAGGGGUUGGCACAGAGGGGGAACCUACCACUUGGUGAUGCUUGGCUCGGGAAUCCUGCUUUACCCGAUGAUAUAUUAAAAGAAGCUGUGCCUGGAAAUAUCAGACGUGCAGAGCAUUUCUUAUCUGUUUUGCGAAGAUUGGUCCAGUACCUAAAAGGGCGACUACAAACUGAAAAUGUGGAAAAGGAGGGGCCUGUCACAUUUGUUGCUUCCAUUAAUUCACAAAUUGGAAUUGAUCAGAAGAUGCUAAGGUUUUGUUAUGACAGGCUUCACUCCCUUAUGUUAACUUUGGAGAUAACCGACACUGAUGAAUUUUUGCAUAUCCAAACAAUAUGUGAUCUGGCUACUCUUGUGGGAACCUACACUCGAGGAUUUUCAAUAAUAAUUGAGCCCUUUGAUGAAAGAAUGCCACAUAUACCUGAUCCUGUACUCCAGCUUUGUUGUCAUGAUGCCUCCCUCGCUAUAAAGCCUGUGUUUGAACGAUUCCAAUCUGUUGUAAUAACUUCUGGGACACUGAGCCCCAUUGAUCUCUACCCUCGACUUCUUAAUUUCAAUCCUGUGGUUAGUCGAAGCUUUACAAUGUCAUUAACAAGGGAUUGCAUAUGCCCGAUGGUUCUCACGCGUGGAAGUGAUCAGCUCCCUGUAAGCACAAAGUAUGACCUGAGAAGUGAUCCUGGAGUUGAGAAAAAUUAUGGAAAACUUUUGCUUGAAAUGGUGUCUGUUGUUCCCGAUGGUAUUGUGUGCUUCUUUGUCAGCUAUUCUUACAUGGAUGGAAUUGUUAACAGUUGGCAUGAAUCUGGAAUUCUGAAGGAGAUAAUGCAGCAUAAACUGGUCUUCAUAGAGACACAGGAUGUUGUUGAAACUACAUUAGCCUUAGAUAAUUAUCGUAAAGCUUGUGAUUGUGGAAGGGGUGCUGUGUUUUUCUCAGUUGCCAGGGGAAAAGUGGCAGAAGGUAUUGACUUUGAUAGGCAUUACGGCAGACUUGUAAUUAUGUUUGGUGUUCCUUUCCAGUACACAUUAAGCAGAAUCUUGCUUGCACGAUUGGAAUAUUUGCGAGAGACGUUCCAAAUAAAAGAGGGCGAUUUUUUGACUUUUGAUGCUUUGGUAAAUUCUGAUAUACAUAGGCAAGCGGCCCAGUGUGUUGGACGAGUUAUACGAUCAAAGGCAGAUUAUGGGAUGAUGAUAUUUGCUGACAAGAGAUAUAGUCGUCACGACAAGCGCUCAAAGUUGCCCAGUUGGAUACUAUCUCAUUUACGUGAUGCACAUCUCAACUUGAGCACGGACAUGGCUGUACAUAUUGCAAGAGAGUUCUUGAGGAGGAUGGCUCAGCCAUAUGACAAGACUGGCGGGAUGGGUAAAAGGACGCUACUGUCCCAGGAUGACUUAGAGAAGAUAGCCAAUGGAGUCGAGGACUUGGCCUUUUGACAUGUUUCUUCUGCUCUUUGUUGUAGGUAAAACUGCUUUCUUGUCGCAUUCUAAUUCAUCAACCUUUUUGUCUGUGUGUUCGAAAUUCCCUAUUUUGUAGCAGAAAUAGGAUUUUGAUUGGUUAUACCUAAAGCUCUGUUGCAAAAGCAACAUUUUAUGCUAGCUACCGAUUACUGAAAAUUUCAAUUAUAUUUCGAAGUGUUUUAGCAGAUGGAUCAAGAAUCCAAUAUUCACACCAAAUUUUAGAUACAUAUACAUGAUUACAAUUUUGUUUUUUGUUUUUACGACAAUUCAUAUGUAUCAUAUCUUGUUGUCCUCGGCUCCUCGUGUGGCAAUGCAUCAAAUAUA